AUACGAGCUCUCUAGCACACCAUACCGACACACACAGCUGGUGCCCGCCCGGUCGAACCACGCUAGCUGUACACUAGCUAGACGAUCACCACGCCAGUUAGUUAGCGCAGCGCCAUGGCCGGCGGCGGUACUCAGCAUCUGCUGCAGGUCGCGGCCGUGCUCGCGGCGGCGGUGGUGCUCAUGGCAACGGCGUCGGAGGGCUUCAUCUCCAAGAAGACGUGGAGCGCCAUCCGGCGGGCGGACCGCGACGGGCCCUUCGUGGGGCUGGUGGUGCCCAACGCCUACGAGAUGGUCCCCGUCCUCAACUCGCCGGACUUCAAACCCAGCAGCAACAUACCCAUCCUAGACGUCCAAGGGCGACGAUUCCGCUUCGGAACUAUUGGAAGCCAAAACGUUGUCAUGGUCAUGACCGGGCUCAGCAUGCUGAACGCCGGGCUCACGACCCAGCUGCUGCUGAGCCUGUUCAGAGUGAAAGGCAUCGUGCACUGGGGCAUCGCUGGCAACGCCAACGAGGACCUCCAGAUCGGCGACGUGACCAUCCCUGAGUCCUGGGCCCACCUGUCCCUGUGGAACUGGCAGAGGCACGGCGACGGGCCUGAGAACGAGCUGCCGCUAGAGAACGCCGGCGACUACACGAGGGAGUACGGCUUCCUCAACUUCUCCGACUACACGGUGGGGCAGGACGCCGGCAACCCGGAGCUGGCGGCGAACACGCUCAACAGCGUGUGGUACCAGCCGGAGGAGAUCUUCCCCAUCUCCGGCACGCCGGAGGAGCGGCAGCACGCGUUCUUGCCCGUGAACAAGCGCUACUACGCGCUCGCCGGGAAGCUGGAGGGGCUGGAGCUGCCGGCGUGCGUGAACGCGACGACGUGCCUGCCCCGCGCGCCCCGGGUGACGCGGGUGCCCAGGGGCUGCAGCGCCAACAUCUACACCGACAACGCCAGCUACCGCCAGUUCAUCCGCUCCCACUUCGGGUGCACCCCCGUGGAGAUGGAGAGCGCCGCCGUGGCCCUCGUCGCGCACCAGCACGGCGUCCCCUUCAUCACCAUCCGCUCCCUCUCCGACCUCGCCGGCGGCGGCUCCUCCAUCAGCAACGAGGCAGCCACGUUCCUCGACAUCGCGGCGCAGAACGCCGUGGACGUCAUGCUCAAGUUCGUGCCCCUCAUCGCGCGCCGCGGUGGCGAACAGGAGCACGCCGCCGACAUGUAAUGUAAGGCGGGAUCGGAUACAGAUCCACGACCACGACGCUGAGACGAAGUGCACCUGCAUGCGUGCCACCGACACAACACAAUGCGUGUUUUCGUCCUCCAAGUUUUUACUUAAUUUUCCACGAGCCCACGAUCGAUCGAAUAAAUAUAGCAUGUAUCGCUAUACUAUCUUGCAAAUUAACCUAUCUUGGGUGGAAUAAAUGAAAUUGGUCAUCGUGGCCAAGUUAUAU